AUGCUGCGUCCCCAAGCCAGGGGAGCUUCCUGUCAAUUGCGUCAAAAUGAUGGAGUUUACAUCUCCUGGAAAGUUGCGACAAACGCACCAUCUAGGACUGAUCACGGGAAGAUUCUUAACUGCAUCGCAUCACAUCCAGAACUACCAGAAAACCUUCAAUGCUCAGUUCAUCUGAGUGUUCAUGUUCUUCCUAUGAGAGUGUUACUCUUUCAACUUGGGGGUAGCCAGUCCCGGUCAAGACUCAUGUAUGUUCAAGAAGAUUCACCGACUUCAAUUAUGUGUAAAAGUAUUGGGUCAUUCCCAGCGACCGAAAUGAUCUUUCUGUUAGAAAGUGGCAAUGGUCUCGUCGAAAGAAUUCUUCCAACUAUCUCAAGCAAAAAAAGUAUUUUAGACGAUGCUCUGUUUGACACCGAGGGUAUUGUAACCUUGCACUUAAAUAGUGUGCAUCAUGGGAAGUACAUCAAAUGCUUCGCAUCGCUUGAAGAAUCUAUAGUGGAAUUGGUGUAUGCCAAAGUGAUCAUUUACGGCCCACCAGAAGGCAUCAAAAUGAGUCCCCUUGGGGAUCUUUACGAUGGCAAAGAAAUCAAUGUAACCUGUAAAGCUGUAAAUCGAUACCCGGCACCGUAUAUCCAUUGGUACAUCGGAUCAAGAAAUCUUACAGAGGAAUCAUCUUUAAACAUAAAUGAAAAUACAGCUGGUCGAUAUGAUGCUGAAAGCACACUGACUCUAAUACCGACGAGGUUUGACCAUGGGAAGCGUCUUCUCUGUGAGGCAGUUCAACCUUCAACACUCCCAGCUCGAUCGGUGAAUCAAAGCUUGGUUCUGAACAUAACGUAUUUUAUCCCGAAUGCACCUUCUGGGUUCAUCAUCCACCCAAACCAGACGAAAUCUUCAUCUCUUAUCGUUGCCUGGCAACCAGGAUUUAUCAUCAGGAAAUAAGACAUAAACAUCUUUCCGAAAGCAAGGACAAUCAG